ACUCUAAGUGUGUAUUAAUUAGAAGAAGGCACAAGGUGAAUGGCUUUUUCUUUUCUCCUUUGAUUGAUCAAGACCUACAAGCUACCUCAAGACUGUUCUACAGAGAUGUCGACGGCUCUACCCGUGCCCAUCCGUAAGAAGAGUGGAGGUCCAGAUACUAAACAAUAUGAGAACAAUGAAACAGUGUCUAGCUUUGAAGGAGUGCGACAAUGGCUUAUCAAAAACUGCAAGAAACACACACAAGCGGAGCCACCUACCAACAAACAGUUAGCUGCACUCACCUUCACAAUGCUCCAGUUUCAAGAGGAUGCGUUCGGUAGGCAAGUGGUGAAACCCGCUCUCACCAAGAUUCCAGUACGGCUAUUUGAGGAUCUCCAACCAGGGGGUGCUCUGUCUACCAUCAUGGCCACUGCCUUCAGGGUGAAAUCGGAACAGAACUGGAGACGAUUCGACUUUCAUUCCCCUUCCAGAAUGGAUCGUGGACUUGAGCUGUUUAUGAAUAUACGCAAAGAUUUAGCUCAGGCGAGGCACUGGGAACCCCCCAGGGUGUUCCUGGACUCGUCUGUAGCGGACACUCAACGUCUAUUGGAGGUAGUCAAGAGGCAUCAGGGCGUUGUUGUGGAGAGAGUGGAGGAGGCUAGUCAUGUGGUGUACCCAGCCCCGCCUCCUAGUCCCCCUGAGGAGGAGUAUCUCCGCCCACUCGAUGUACGAGGGAAGGCAGUCCUCGUUCAUUGGUGGUACUUCCCAGAUAGCUAUGAUACAAUUGUUCCUAUUGCCGAUGUGGUCAUGGCAACCCCUGAAGCCCCACCCCCUUCUCCCAAGCAGUGGUUGGUCUCGGCUCAGUGGCUCUCGGACACGGAUCACUUCAAUGAAUGGAUGAACGAGGAGGACUAUGAACUCAUUCCUCAGGGUGGGCAGUUGCAACUGAUGGCCCCUCACCUUGGUAUCACACGGAGGACCUUCAUCAAGACUCCGGCACAGACAGACGACACGCUAUCACAGGACACUCCAGAGGGAGGUCGUAAAGACAGAGGUGCACGCAAGAGACAGCGUCAACCAUCACCCUCCCCGCCCGCACCAACACAGAAGAGACCACGGAAAAGAGCGAGCACUCGUCGCUCUGGAGCGAGACUGCGUAGUACUAGCGAAGCAUCUGAGGAAGACUUUACGAAGCAUCUCCCCACACCCUCACAGCCUCUCACCGUCACAGAGGUCACGCACCCACCAUCCACACCUGGUGGUGACGACAUCAUAGAGCUUCGGUCACCUCAUGUACAGACCACACCCACUCCACAACCACCCCCUCCAGUCAGCAGGCCCUUCAAUCCUGUCCCUCCCUCCAAGAACCCCGAGGAGGCGGCCACCCCUCAGACCCACCACAUUGUCAUUCCCAGUUACUCGUCUUGGUUCGACUACCACAGUGUCCACACCAUUGAGAAGCGCUCUCUACCUGAGUUCUUCAGUGGAAAGAACAGAUCAAAGACGCCCGAAAUCUACCUGGCCUAUCGUAACUUCAUGGUGGACAGUUUCCGGCUGAAUCCCUCCGAGUAUCUGUCAGUGACAGCGUGUAGGCGUAACCUGGCCGGAGACGUUGGGGCCAUUCUGCGCGUGCAUGGCUUCCUUGAACAAUGGGGUCUUGUCAACUAUCAUAUCGAGGGGCAUAGUCAAAUGAUGGGCCCGCCCACUACAGCGCACUUUAAUGUACAGGUUGAUACUCCAAUGGGUGUGCAGCCCCUACCCUCUGCUAAUAACAAAGGUCAAAGUCCAGCUCAGAAGUCAGCCACAGAUCAACUGGUGCAACUUCCUGAAAAAGAAGGCAAUAAAGAAAGAAAUCCACUAGAGAACGUUGGGCUGCGUACUGACAUGUACAGUGCAGCUGACAAAGAGGGCAAUGUUACCACCAAGAAGCCAUGGACACCACAGGAGACCCUACUGUUACUAGAGGGCCUGGAGAUGUGCCGUGAUGACUGGAAUAAGGUGGCUAUCCACGUGGGAACUCGUACACAGGACGAAUGCAUCCUGCACUUCCUCAAGCUGCCCAUUGAAGAUCCAUACCUCGAGGAAAACAAAGAGUCACUAGGUCCCCUGGCUCACCAGCCAAUACCAUUCUCCCAACAAGGCAACCCUGUUAUGUCCACGGUGGCGUUCCUUGCCUCAGUGGUGGAUCCUCGUAUUGCUGCAGCUGCUGCCAAGGCCGCUCUCGCUGAGUUUGUGGCACUGAAAGACGAGCUUCCUGACAAGACUAGGAAUACCACACCCACUGAGCAAAAGACCACACCCACCGUAGAGAAAGUCGCACCCAAGGAGGAAAAGACCACACCCACUGGUGACAAGACCACACCCACUGAGGAGACUCCCAAGGCCCGCGAAGAUAAUGGUUCUCCUGUAGAGAAAAAACCCAAAGACGUUGUUGAACCAAUGGACGAAGAUAAGCUGCCAUUGUCAUCCUCAGAGCCACCGCCACCUCAGCCAUCUGGAGAGGGUCAAAGUUCAUCUAGUGAGGGGGUAGGCAAUGUAAGCACAGCUGCAGCAGCUGCCCUGGCCUCUGCUGCCGUUAAGGCCAAGCACUUGGCAAAUGUUGAGGAACGUAAGAUCAAGAGUCUUGUAGCCUUGCUAGUGGAGACACAAAUGAAGAAGCUCGAGAUCAAACUAAAGCACUUCGAGGAGCUGGAGGCCAUCAUGGACCGGGAGAGAGAGAGUUUAGAGUUGCAGCGUCAGCAGUUACUUAGCGACCGUCAGCAGUUCCAACGAGACCAGGUGAAGGCAGCUGAGAUGAGGUCAUUGCAGAGCCCCACUCUGGCCCCCCAGACCCCACUACAGCUACCCCCCGUGCUCAGACCUCCCCCAAAGAGCAUACCCCCUGCAGAGCCUAUUCCUAUCUUGUCUGAUAACGCCCCCUCCACAACUGGCACAGGCACAGAGGAGUCUGACGGUGUUGCCAUGGAGACUACACCUAGUGAGCCCAUUACCAUGGAAACAGCCCCACCAGAGAAGUCUGAGGAAUCAAACGCUAAGGUGCCUGUAAAUGAGGAUUCACCACCGAUUGAUACAAAGGAUGCUGAGGUGGUACCCCCCACGGAGACAAAAGAGGUACCCCCCAUUGAGACAAAAGCGGUAACCCCCACGGAGACAAAAGAGGUAACCCCCACGGAGACAAAGGGGGAGGAGGAAGAUGUUGUACCCCCCACUGAGCCUAGCAACGUGGAGACGAUUCCCCCCACUGAGACAGAGGGGGAAAUUGUACCCCCCACAGACGUUGUCGAGCAGUCUGAGACACAGGAGGAGGGAGGCAAUAAAGAGCCUCAAGAGGUUCCGGUAGAGGAGUCCAGUGAGGUCAAGCAGCCAGAAGUAACUGUGGAUGAGGGCAACAAAGAGAAGGAGGAAGAAGAACCAAUGGACACUGGUGAUGCAGGUGAAGGUGACACAGCUGCUGAUGACCGUCAUCCUUCCAAGGAGCAGUCUGUUCAGGAGGGCAUGUCUGAUACAGUAGCUGUGGUGCCCCCUACCGAAGAGGAACAAUAACGCUAGUAGUAAUCAUUCACUGUAUGUACAUGAAUCUUGAUUUGGAACAUUGUUAGGCUAUUAUCUCUAGCUGGAAUUUUUCUCUAGCUGGAAUUUUCUUUCUUUUACACUUGAUUCCAUUUAAUUAUCAACAAAUUUGGA